AUGGCGUCGGGGUAUACAUCGCCUCCAGAUAUUCGCCCGCUGGAAAUUAUUCGCGGCCCAACGAGACUCAGCAUGGCGGGCGCACCGGGUCCAAUUCGCAAAGCAUGGUAUCAAUGGAAGAUGAAGCGCUUCCCCUGGCGAAAGAAGUGGCUUGUGGGCUUUGAUCUCCAGGGCAACACCUUCUGGGAAUUCAAGGACGCUCUGCACGCCCUGCGCAACCGGCGGAUAGCAAAAUACAGUCGCAGCACUCACUAUGGCGACGUACAAAUAUCGCCGUCAUGGAUGCAAUGGCUGCGACACACGCGCUACGAGCCCCCCACCGUCGCCGAACAACACCAGGACAUGAUGAGGCAGGAGCGGAUGAAGCAGCUGGCAGCGCAGGCAGAUGCACGAUGGGCUGAGAAGCCGUCGGCGCUCGAUGCGCCAGAUAGGCAGCAGCCUGUGCAGAUGUUGCAGUCGCGAGACCCAGACAGCGGCGUCACGCAAAUGAAUGCCGAUCAAGAGAUACGGGACAGCAUAGAACCACCGCGGCCACUCGAUCAGGGAGCCGCGAGGCCAACACCAGUAGAGCCCGAACAACCCACAGAGUCUCAGCAGAUGUCACGCGACCCGCCAGCGCCGCCUGCCGAAGACGACGCGCCUGCCUUCACGCCCAGGAAGAGAAUGAAGAAGGAGCCAAAGGACUCGCCAUGGAAGCAGGCGGCUCAGAGUCAGGAAUGGCAACCUCAGGGCUGGAGUCCAGCGCCAGCCAAACGACGAUCAUGACCACGUUCAAUAGCGACUGUAUAACUACCUGUUUCAAUACCUAGCAAACAUCAGCAAGCAUAGACGAUACUCCAAUGGCACCAAACUACUGCUCUCUGUUCGCUCAACGAUUCACAUUCUUGUACAUGCUAAUGUAGACGGCAGUGCACCUAUCGAGGUUUUCCUUGUAUGAGGUGCUUUGGAAAAGUUCCAUCAAUAUCGUUACACAGCCCAUAUUCACAUCCAUGCCAACAACACUAUCACUUGCUUGUUUACAACGCAGCGUUAUCAGACCUUCA